AUGGCUACACAAGGAGAGACAUCGAGCGCGCCCGUAGUCUCCAGCAACGAUGAAGUGGCGGCGGAAAAGGUCGCGCAGUGCAUGCGAAUGCUUGAAGGAAACACUGACGAGCACAAGUUUGCCGGUUUGCUCAUGGUCACGAAACUCGACGACUUACCUACUGAGCAGCUCCAGCAAGUUCGACGACAAGUGCUCUCGACUGUUGGGGUGAGCUUUUUCCUGCGUCUGUUGCAGCAUAAAGGUCCUGACGACGUCGAGACGCUCUCGCCUUUCCAGAGCCUCGGCCUGAAUCUGAUUGCAAGCUUGUGCAUGGACCCGAGCGUGGCUUCGGAAUUCGCACAGACCAAGCUCGUGAGAUUUCUGCUGGAUCAGUUGAUGUUGCAUUCAAUGCCAUACGAGUCUUCGCUGGACAGCGUUCGCAUUCUCACAGGCCUGGGACGGACCGAUAAGGGUCAGCAGGUCAUGAUGCACGAAAGUAUGCUUGGACGUCUCUUUAGUGCAAUGAAAAAGCUGAGCCGAUCACACUCGAGCCGCAACCUCGCUGCGCAAGCCAACGCGGAACAAGAAGAGCAAGUCAAUGCACUGUUGAAGGACCUCUGGGGCACUUUUGGCAGGAUGGCUAGAAAGUCUGAGGUCUGGACACGUAUUCACACCUACGACUUUGAGUUCAUAUGCGCCAACUUUUCUCGAGUGCGCGGGGACACAUCCAUUCGAGUGCUAUCGAUCCUGAUCGGCUACAUGGAGCUGGUUGAGGCUGGCGAAGCACCGGUGGAGCUUCUCAGCUCCCAGUGUCUUUCUGACAUCCGUACUGGUGUACUACUAUUUUUGCGCGCGAAAUGGCCACACCAGGAGCGCGACGAGUGCUUGCGACUGAUCUUUCAGCUCAUGCGGCACACGGGGACUGCAUGGUUGCUACCAGGCACGACAUUGCGCAGUCAAGCUCCACCUGAGGACGUGUCCGGGGGCAAAUUCAUUCUGUUUUUGCUGAAACUUGUGUCGAUUGAGAUUAAACUCAUGUUGGACGACGUAGAGGCCUCGUUGGUUCAAAUGGAUGAGCCGAAAGUGGAGUCCGUCGACGAAGUCGAGAGACGCACGAAAGAGAUGAAACGCGUGCUCGCCACGUUGCCCGUUUGUUAUGGCGUUGUCGAGAUGAUCAUAAGCGGUCUCGUGUCCAACUACGACAGUGAGCUUGUGCUUCCGUACGACAUUUUGCUGGAGAUGAAAAGCACAUUCAAUCAGGUGUUUGUGGUGGUGCUGGAGUUGCUGGCGCUGGCUCGCGAUUACGUUCAGACCCACCGAUACCGUGAGUUGCGUGAGUCGCAUGCAGAAUCGGUCUACCACCUGGAUGCCGUGAUUUGCGCAAGUGUGCGUGUUGUAAGUGCGUGGAUCGCUGAGGAUUCGGACACAAGUGUGGAUUUGGUGAUGCAAUUGGUCCCGUUCAUGGUGUGCUACAAGCCAUUGCUGGCCUGGGACGCUGAAGACGACGGCCAGCACCUUGAGUCGGGCAGCGACCAGAAAGUUGAUUCGGGCGACGAGAUCGACUCGGACGACGAAGUGGAUGCUGUGUCUCAGAUGAUGCAAAGCGCUGCGGUGAUCCACAAGACGGAUAGCAGCAUCGACCAGCUGCACUUUUUGCUGCCAGGUCUACUUCAACUCAGUGCGCUACCGGAUGGCGCGUCGAUCAUGUCGGAAGACGUCAAUGUGUUGCGUCGGCUGAUGCAAUUUUGCUGCACAAUCUGCGCUGCCAUUGCCGACGGACACACUGAGUUCGCCAACGUGUCCACGUUGACACUGUGCCUUGGCAUUCUGAUCAAUCUCAUUCUGAUUCGGGGAGGGAACGGAAGCACAGAGGCAUCGCAGACAUCACGUUUGCCCAACGCGCUCGAGUGGUUCCGUGCACUGACGUUCCUGUUGCCCGUGGCCUGUGCCAGUGGUUCGCGGUUGAUGGCUGACGAGGACCUCACGGAAGAGAGUCGAGGAGAGGACGAUCGCUACGUGAUGCUGCUCCAUGUCGUCUGCGUCGUGAUGUUCGUCGUGAGUCACUUCCAAGACAAGCAACAGCACCCGUGUCGACUGCCAGCUACAACCACAAGUCUCGUCACGUCGUUCAUUCGCAUUGUCGACUGGCUCGUGGCGCACCCGCCCGAUGCGAAAGUCGAGUCAACUGCCGAUCUAUUUGAGCUCAUGCGCGUGUUGUCGAAGCGGUCGAUUUUGACGCCCGCGUUGCUGUCUCGAUGA